CGAUAUGCAAUAAUUACAAGUUACAAAAGCCAAGAAAGAAGAAGGAGAAGAAGAAGUUCUAAGCAUGGCGACUGCGACGACCCCGGUUGGCCAAGAUCAACCGACCAAAGCAGAUCUUCCACCCGUCGUGUUUGAUUUGUCUCAUCCUCCGGUUAUCGAGGGAUUUACCCCGCUGCCCAGGGCGAAGGAGGAGAAUUUUAAAGACAAAUUCAUCCGGAAGACCAAAGAGAAUCCACUCGUCCCUAUAGGUUGUUUGGGAACAGCAGGAGCACUGAUCUACGGCCUCAGCGCCUUCAGACGGGGCAAAACUCGACAGUCCCAGCUGCUAAUGAGAGCCCGUAUCUUCGCUCAAGGCUUCACCGUCGUUGCUAUUAUAGUGGGUGUAGCUGCCACAGCACUGAAGCCUAAGCAGUGAAGAGAAGACACCGGACCCUGUUUGACCAAACUGACAAGUGCCUUACAUGGUCGAUGGGUGAAAUGUGAUGUGAAUAUGGAAUGAACUGAACAUUAAAUGCCAAUUGUUCACAUUUUUAUUUUCUUUACAGAAAAAGGUCCAGUGUAAGAACUCAUAUUAUAGAUCUACAGGUGGUAGAUGGCACUAUUCGCAAAUUGUAUCAAUAUGCCACACUUAUACACACAUUUAAAGGUACAGUUUACCCCAAAAUGAAAAAUCUGUUUUACAAUCAUUAACUCACCCUCA